UAACACUGUUUAAGUUGUUUUCCUUGAGAUAAAAAAAGGAUGAAUAUGUACUUUUCCAAUAAUUUUAGAUUGUAAUUGCACAGAAAAGUAUGCUGAAAUCUUUUCAUCUUCAGGAUCUAUUUCAACUUGUUUAUCAUACCAUUGAAACUUAAUUCUAGUUAACUGUACAGUUGAAGAAUUCAUAUCAAUUUAGUAUCCACAGCCACUGUGCUAAACGUUUAUUUACAAAAUCAUCCGAAGAAAUAAUUCUGUUGAUAUUAAUUCUCAUUUGGAUACCAUUCAAACUGAAGUUCUAAUUACUCUACAGGAAAAGGAAAGUAAUUUUGAGGAUUUACAAUAUACGGCGAAUUCCUCUAACUUCAUCACAAAAUUUAAACACAAAAUGGACAAUACACUAUUGACAACAACAUUAGCAACUUCAAAUGUAACAGCAGUCUUAACGAAUUCAAACCGGACAGAUGUAGACAAUUUUCAGUUUCCUGAAGAUGAAGUCCCUAAACCUCCGCUGCUUAUUGUGAAACCGCUUUACUGUCAUUCACUUCCAGGUCAAUUUAUUCUAAAAUGUUAUCGUCGUGAGAUACACUUUACUUGGAUUCCUCCAGAUACUAAAAUCGCUAGGGCUAUGGUUAAAUUUCGUGAGUUCCACCAACCGAAAUUCACAACUAUGUCUGAUUAUGGAUGGGGACAUUCAGGGGUUAAAUUUCGUAAUCAUACGAUCACUUCACUCAAACCUAACCGGUUAUACGAAUUUGGGUUAAAUUUGAUAUAUGAAAACAGUACAUUUGAUCGAUUCCCAAAGAUUGGAUCAAAAGAUAUAUGCGCUUGUAAAACAUACCCUGAUGUUCCUGAUGCACCAUUGGAUCUACGAUAUCACUAUAUGCAAGGUAAUCAAUACACUCUCGAGUGGACACCGAACAAUGAUAAUGGAGAACCGAUUUUUACGUACAACAUGAAGUCUAUGCCAAUUGUCUCAAGUAAUUCAGAACAACCAAAAUGGGAUUCAAUUACACCACAUAAUUUAACAGAUAAACAAGCUAAUAUCACAUUGGAUACGAAUCACCAAAGUGCAUUUCAGUUGAGAGCUGUCAAUAAGAUUGGAAUGAGUGAUCCAGCUUACUUGAUCAUAAGACCACCAUUUCAAAAAGUUCCAGAUAAGUAUAUAUUUUGUUUAGCUAAUGCUUUUUAA